AUAAUGCAUGCAUGGCUUAACUUAUAAUAAACCCAUUUAAUAACUAAAACAAACCCAUUUAAAAAAAUGCAUCAUUUUGUUGUGAAAAGCAAUGUUUUCGAUUCAGAUUCGAACUCAAAUCCAAAUAAGCUUAAGCUCGGCUAUGGCGGCAGCAGCAAUGAACGGCCUCUUUGUCCCAAGCCUCGCCGACCAGUUGGACCUGCCAUUCCCGACUUCCUCAAACCUCUUAGAUGCUCCAAUCACAGCCAAUAUAGCAGCGAUGAAAGAAGCGGAAUCUUGAAUUUGAUAGAAGAUAAGAAUGGUGUAGUGGAGAGAAGGGAAUGUAUAUGCUCAUCAGAGUCAGUAGCGGCAUGUUAUUCGGGUUCUCCUCCGGGUCGAACCGAUAACCCGUUGGUUCACGACGUCCAUUUUACGCAGUACCAGAUGGAACUUGUUUCGCCAUUGACACGAGCCAACCUCUCUGAUACAAGAUUUGUCUUCACCAACUCCACAUCUCCUCUUUGAGACUGAAAACGACCACGUUUUGCCACCUCAUUUCAUAUUUCAUAACAGAUUAAUUGCAGAUAUAUAUUACUAUUAUUAUUGUUGUAAUUUUGUUAAAAAUAGAUAUAUGAUAUUAUUUAGAUUAGGGAUUCUUUUUAUUUUUUUAAACGUUGAAUUUUGCUGUAAUA